AACACGAAUCCGCGGUGAGACCCGAGAGGUCUUGUUCGUCCAGGACGACAGCCACCACAGUGGGGGGGUGGCACACUGGACUCGCGUGAAACCAAACCCACUAUUGGCGGAAGUUGGGAUGGAAGGGACACUCAUAUAUGUUCGACCACGCACGCUUCACAACCACUUCGAAUCUGUGACACACGGUCCAAGGCCACGGUCGGCGGUCAAGAUCAGAAAAAAACCGGAGGGUGACGGACGCGGUGGUUCGCCAGACGGUCGCGAUUUUCGUGGUGAUUUUUAGUUGCGUCCGGGUCGUCGGCGAAAAACAAAAAUCGACGAAGUCAGACGUCACUAUGAGAGCAAUCGUGUGGAUCUUGUUGGUUCUUGGAUUUGCUGCGUACGUUCACUGUGAGGAGACAACGCAGGAUAUUAACUCUGACGACGAUGACGUCGGCAUUUUAGAAUGCAUGUUCGAGGACAACGCCGGAAACUGCCUCAGGACAAGACUGGCCCGCGACUUGGACCGAAUCGAAGUAGAAGUCACCGGCAAAAAGAACAAGCCGCCGAUGAGCGCGGUGAUCGAGCAAGCUGGCACGAUGAUCGCGGAGAUCGUUGACGACCUGCAGGAGAGCGGCGCGAAAGAAAUCGUUGAGGAAGAUGAGGUUCAGGACGAGAAUAUAGAAGAGGCUCGCGGCAAAAAAGACAAGAAGAAGAAGAAGUACGUGCAGAGACUUAUGGGGAUGGCGAUGUUGAUGAAGGCGAAGAUCAGUCUGCUGCUGCAACUCGUCAGCACGCACUUCCAGAUGAAGUUCUUCAUCAUCGCGAUUCUCUCGUUGAUACUGAACGCAACCAGGUUUUGGCUCGAGAUAAAGAAGAAUCAGCCCGCCAAAGUCAUCUAUUACGAGCACGCGCAGCAUCAGCAUCACUACGAGCACGACGAUCACGAUCACGGUUGGGGAAGAUCGUCGAACGAGACGCCUCAGGAAAUCGCUUAUCGCGCUUACGUGCCCGCGCAAUGAUAACGAGACAAUCGCGCGCGAGUUUCUCAUACCCGGAGAAGACGGUAAAACGACUUUGCGAAGAAAUUCAAAGACAAAUCAAACACGCAAGUCAAACAAUUGCAGGUUUUAUUUAUUGUAGAAUUUAGUCUGAAAGGGAGCCGCAGAAUAUUAUUUUUUGAAAUACAUCGUCGAUAUUUAUGUUGUGUACUUAUUUAUAUAAUUUAUCGCAUCGUGCGCCAACGUGUUCUUUGAAUAUAUUGUAAAAGUAAUUUAUUGCAUAUAUGAAAAAUAGAGUAUAUAUAUAUAUAUAUAUUUCUAGUUUAAGUUAUACCAAAGUUACUUACGAGUACCUGUUCUAGCUCGCCACGCGAAGAAUUGUUGUACAAGAUCAAGCUAUUGUAGAACAUGCUAUACUACUCGUAUCGUGACUCACAGACUCAUAAACGCAGAUAGGUUUAAGUGUAAUGUCACUUGUGUGAAUGUUUACCAUGUGACGUAAUAAUAAUACAAAAUUACUGUAUCUCCCCGCGAAACAUUCUUUAUACAACGAUAACAAUUUGUAAUACCGACUCAGCAUUUUCUACAGAAGCACGUACGUGUACUAAAAUUUUUCAUAAUAAACUAUACGAGUAUGUAAUA